AGUGACAGGUGGCAUUGAUGCCCCCGCCAAGUUACACGCGCUCGCGAAUUCACCCCAUUGUUUAUUAACACUUGUUGUGCUCUCUUUCCGUGAUAAGUUUUAUUAACGUAACACUUUUACCAAAGUUUCAGAUAGGAUGUGGACUUAAAAGUGUCGUGAAGUGUUCGGUGCGAAUACCGUCCCGUGCGGUCAUGUCGUUAAGUACAAUUUAAGUGCAAAAAUUGUCUUACUUACUGACGACGUACUAACUAAGAACCCGCAUGGAUUUCGUUGGUGAUAAAUAAAACUCAGUUUUAUUCUUCAAGUUACCUGCGUGAGGAGGCACGGUCGGCAGGAUGAUGGACUGCCUGUGUCCCGCGACGCGCACGCUGGCUUGCCGAGUCGUACUGCUCGACGAACGGGAACUCCUGCAUGAGAUACAGGACAACAACACGGGGCAGGCGCUUUUGGAUGUGGUCUUCAGACAUUUGGAUCUGCUGGAGACGGCGUACUUUGGACUGCGAUACGUUGACCAGGAAAAUCAAACUCACUGGUUGGAUGCGGGGAAAAAGCUGAAACGUCAACUUCGUGGUUCUGACUCUCACACCUUCUACUUUGGUGUCAAGUUCUAUGCAGCCGACCCGUGCAAACUGCUAGAAGAAAUUACAAGGUACCAGCUAUUUCUGCAGCUGAAACAAGAUGUACUACGUGGGCGCUUACCAGUCAGUUUUGACCUCGCCGCUGAACUGGCGGCCUUCGUACUACAGUCGGAGUUAGGUGAUUACGAUCCCCGUCGACACACACCAGGCUACGUGUCGGAAUUCAGACUGCUGGCUCAUCAGACUCCGGAGCUUGAAACUCGCGCUGCGGAAAUUCACCGCACUCUCACAGGCAUUUCUCCAGCGCAAGCCGAGCUUAGUUAUUUAGACAAAGUGAAAUGGCUCGACAUGUAUGGAGUCGAUCUUCAUCCUGUUUUGGGCGAAGACAGUGUAGAGUAUUUCUUGGGCCUGGCGCCAAGCGGUCUGCUGUUACUGCGCGGCAAACACACAGUUGCGAACUACUAUUGGCCUCGCGUCUCCAAACUUUACUACAAAGGACGUUACUUCAUGCUCCGUGUAGCAGACAAAAACAAUGAGACGUCGACUUAUGGUUUCGAGUCUCCCACGAGGGCAGCAUGUCGCCACUUAUGGCGUUGUUGUUCCGACCAUCACACUUUCUUCCGACUGCAACAAAUUUCACCGGCGUCUGCUGAUAUCUUCUCAUUAGGAACAAGACUGAGGAAUAGUGGGCGAGGAACAAGACCACGACCGCCUCCUGCGUUUACGAGAACACCAUCACGACGCAUCUCACGGCCUUCCCAUGCUUCCCACACGUCUUUACAUGAUGUGCCAAAAUUAGAAGACUUGAGAAUAAGAGACUGUCAACCAGAAAUGAAACAACCUACCUCGGUUCAUCGGCCUAACUCAAUAAGUGGUGAAGUGGCAGAAUGCGAGCCGUCGACAGCGCCGGGCGGUUCGCCGCGGUCGACGCGGUCGGCGCCGACGCGACGCGGACUCUAUUCUGCGUCUCCGACUGCGACGCGGCCGCCGCCUGCGCCGCGCCACCGCGACCGAUCCGCCUCCGUUGAUUCACAGAGCUCUAACGAUUCACGAUCUAACCGCAAACACAAGCAUCGGUCCCGGCGGCAGCAGUCCGACGCGGAGAGCGAGAUGUCGCGCGGCUCGGGUCGCUCCGGCAGACGCCAUCGACGACAUCGUUCACGGCACAAGCACGAAUCUGGCUCUGAAAGGGACGAUACACUCCCUGAUACCAAAGAAUACGAACUAGUAGAGUCAGAGUCCCAGUGGAAAGAAGUACUAAGGCAAACAAACUCGGGCGGCGGCGUUCAAGUUGCAAGCGUUCGACGCUCACAAAUGGAGCCUGACACCGGAACGCAUCGAUCGUCGCACAGGCAUCGUAGACAUAAAAAGCAUCGGUCUCGGUCCGGUUCUCCGAAUGAUAAGAAAUGGCUCCCGGCUGAAUUAAAACAACAUUUAGAGUUCUCAUUGGUUGAUACUACUGGUAUGACUGAGGAACAGUUGAAAGAAAUCCCAUACACAGUUGUUCAGACCAGCCAUGCUCGACAAACGAAGCUUAGAACCUCAUCAAAGCAUAAACAAACUGAACAUGGCUCAUUGGCCAGACGAGACAAGAGUUCUUCGUCACUUAGCAAAAAUGUCCACGACAAUCACCACCAAGGAUCUCUUAGGUCAGGUUCAAGUACUAUAAGCACACAUAGGACCAGCAUGGAGAAACAUGGAAGACGUGUAUAUCCCAGUUUGGAUGAGACUAUCGGGCAACCAGGAGAUGACUUCUUGACGAAUCGUGGGUACAAAGGCAAUGUGACUCCGGUGUCGAACAACAACAAUCCGUACAGCCCCGUCACGAAUAGCAACAGUAAUAGUUCUAGCGGAGAACUUAUAUCGGGCAGCGCUCGCGUUUCGCACGAACACACAGACUCCGGACUUGGCGCUGACCAGGACUACGCGUAUUCUUCUGAGAGGUCGAGCGACAGCGCGAAGUGCGGCGCCGGCGGAUCGUCAGCGGGCGGGCCAAAUGCAGAGCAACUAAGCGUCGUUGGUGAGGCCUCACAGAACGCAGACGGCGGGGACUCCGCUCCCAACGUAACCACUACUAAACCUGCUACAGAGAUGAGCACGGAACUCUAAACUUUUAUUGUAAAUAACUUCAUAUUUUGUAAAUAAUAUAGGUGAAAAUAAACGCAAUUGUAUAUUUAUUAAGUUUGGUAUACCGUUCAACAUCGGUAUCGAGUCUUUUUCAUAAGCAAAAUUAAAUAACGCUAGAAUGAAAAUGAAUAAUUUUUUCGUGAUAAGCAUGAAUUUGUAAAUAUUUUCCGGAUAUCUUAAUAUAAGCCCAUUUGAUUGUUAUGUAAUAAUUCGUACUCUAGUAAACAAAGUAAGCAAACUUACAUACGUAAUAUAAUUCAGUGUUCGUAACAAAAUGUAUUUUUGCCAAAGAUACGUACUAAACUACUCGUGAGUCAUGUUAUAAAAUCCCUUCCAGUUUUGAUAUACGUGUUUAUUAUACCAAUCCUGUAUUAAAUUGUUUUUAUUAUCGGUAUCACAUAGGAUAUAAUAUAAGCUCGAGUGUUAUUUAUUCCAUGAACAACGGGUAUUAAUGUAUUAUUCCAACAACAUCGUUACGACGUAAAUAAGCUCGUUGUGUUCUGUACAGUUGUUAUGUAGCUUACCUUCAAUUGAAGCCUAGGAAAUGUGCUUUCAGAAAUUUUGGUAGUCAUUCGAUUUGUACAUAGAAUACUUUUUAAAGAAAAUUAUAAAUUUUUUAUAACAAAUGUGUGACAAAAUUCAAUGUUUAAUGUGAACGCUAUUGCACUUUAAAAUACAUUAA